AGUGGAAUGGGAGAGAAGAGAAAGGAAGAGCUGGUAUUUCCAUUCCCUUCUUCUUUUCUUUUCUUUUCUUUUCGUUCACAGCGAGGAAAGGGAACAAACGAAAAAGCAUUGAGCUCUGAAAGUCUGAACCACGUGCACGAGACAUCACUGUCAUUCCCUUAUCACUUUUAUUCAACACUUGAACAGUUUUUGAGACACCUUUUAAUGCUUGAUUUGAGUUAUGUAUAUUGGACUCCAAAUUAAGUCUGUGAAGCGACAUAGCUAGCGAGAGAGAUUGAUAAUGGAGGAAGCGAAGGGCAAGUCAUGGAUUAUACUCCACAACGCUGUGAUCGUCACCAUGGAUCCUCAAAGCCGAGUCUUUCGCAACGGUGGGAUCGUCAUCGACCACGAUUCAAUCAAAGCCAUCGGUCAGUCAUCAGAUAUUCUUCGCGAUUUCUCUGCUCUCGCUCACCAAAUCAUCGACCUCAACUCCCAAAUCUUACUCCCAGGAUUGAUCAACACGCACGUGCACACCUCUCAGCAACUAGGGAGAGGGAUAGCCGACGAUGUGGAUUUGAUGACAUGGUUGCACGGUCGGAUUUGGCCUUACGAGUCCAACAUGACUGAGGAGGACUCUUAUAUUUCCACUUUGCUUUGUGCUAUCGAACUCAUUCACUCCGGUGUAACGUGCUUUGCUGAAGCUGGGGGGCAGCACGUGUCUGGAAUGGCCAGAGCAGUGGAGUUGCUGGGCUUGCGUGCGUGUUUAGCCCGAUCAACCAUGGAUGCUGGUGAAGGUUUGCCAGCAACAUGGGUGACUAGAACUACAGAUGAAUGCAUCCAGUUGCAAAAGGAGCUCUACAAUAAAUAUCAUAAUACAGCAGAUGGACGGAUCAGAGUGUGGUUUGGGAUUAGGCAAAUUAUGAAUUCAACUGAUCGUUUACUACUUGAAACGAGAGACGCUGCAAGGCAACUGAAAACUGGAAUCCACAUGCAUGUUGCAGAGAUACCCUAUGAGAAUCAACUUGUGAUGGAUACUCGAAAGGCCAAUCAUGGAACAGUUACACACUUGGAGAAGAUAGAGUUUCUCCAAAACAAUCUGCUAGCAGCUCAUACGGUUUGGGUCAACAAUACUGAGAUAGGUUUUCUUUCAAGGGCAGGGGUCAAAGUAUCUCACUGUCCUGCUGCUGCCAUGCGAAUGCUUGGAUUUGCACCUAUUAGGGAGAUGCUUGAUGCUGGCAUUUGUGUCUCCUUGGGAACAGAUGGGGCACCAUCAAAUAAUAGAAUGAGCAUUGUUGAUGAGAUGUACCUGGCAUCUCUUAUUAACAAAGGGCGUGAAGUUUAUGCAAAUGGAACCACUGAUCCUACUGCUCUCCCUGCUGAAACAGUUCUUAGAAUGGUGACAAUAAAUGGUGCAAAAUCAGUACUCUGGGAUGAUGAAAUAGGGUCUCUUGAGGUUGGGAAAAAGGCUGACAUGGUUGUCAUCAAUCCUUCCUUUUGGACAAUGGUUCCCAUCCAUGACUGGAUUUCCAGCCUUGUUUAUUGCAUGCGAACUGAAAAUGUGGUCUCUGUAAUGUGCAAUGGCCAGUGGAUUAUGAAGGACAAGAAGAUUUUGAACAUAAAUGAGGAAGAUGUUAUUUCGAUGGCCCAGCAAGCUUCUAGUGAGCUUUUGAAGAGGGCAGGAAUAAUAAUUCCAAAGAGAAUGAAUAUACUAUGAUUCUUCAAAUGGUCUUGUAAUCACUGGACUUAUGGAAAAAGCUUUCGUAGUUGUAUGAUUUUAUUGUUUGAUACUAUCAUCUGAGACUACCAUAAGCAACUACACUUUUUAAGUCUUUGCACUCAGGCUUUUGUUCCCUAUCUCCUAGUUUGCUCUUGUCAUCUCAAGCAACUUAAUUCAAGAUCAUACUCUUGCACUGUA